CACUUGGGCUGCACAUAACCAGACUACCAGACUACCAGAAAUUGAACCAACCAGACUACCAGAAAUUGAACCAAAACCAAAUCUUUAAGCCUCCACAAUUAACAAUUCUUCAAGAAACCGACGAGCAAACUAGUUGACGAUGACAAUCGGCCUUGGAAUUCAUCAAACAUAAAGAAAUUCUCACUGACACAAAUCAACAAACAGGUAGAAUGCACAGACCUUUACUUUACUGAAACCCCAUAAUUCUAGAACCAAGAAACUCCACCAAGAACCAAUCAAGAAAUUCUCGGUCACAAUUUUCAUAACCCAAAAUGCAGCAGAGAUUUUGGUCGCCUUACUCCUCUCGGGUACCUGAAGAUCAAGCUUUUGCGACUGUCAGCGGCGGCGCAGCUUCGCAGCAGCAGCAGCCACAACUGAAGCACCACCACAACAGAGCCAGCGCGGAUGAACUCCCCGUCUACGACCCGCGAUCCAGCACGGGAAAGAAAGAGGGUUCUUCAAGAUCGGUGGAGAAGUGGGUCCAUGCCAUUCCGGUGAUCGUGUUCUUCUGCCUCUUCGUGCUCUGGUGGUUCUCCGUCUCAGUAAAAGUGGCAGAAUCUGUCUUUGAUCGAUUUCUUGGUGAACGAGCGAGGUGUGCAUCCGAUGAUGGCGGAGAGGAGAGAAGAAGCCUCACCGCUUCAGGCCAGGAACUGUGGCGCUGAGAGAGAUCAGAAAGUAUCAGAAGAGCACCGAGCUCUUGAUCCGCAAGCUGCCAUUCCAAAGGCUGGUGAGGGAGAUCGCCCAGGACUUCAAGACCGAUCUGAGGUUCCAGAGAAGUUAACAUAGAAAGAAAGGAAGAAAGGGCACAUGUAUUACGAAUAAAGAAAUACGC